AUGGAGAACAAAAGACUCACACACACAGAGAACCAAGUUGAUAUUGAAGGUAAAAAGGAAUAUGAACGUCAAAGACAAUUACUUGAGGACGUUCAAACUCAAAUUAGAACAAUCACCCAAAUGAUUGCUGAAGAAAGUACACGUUUAAAUUUACUUCAAGAACAAAUGACUAAAAAAAUUGAAGAAAUUCAUUCAUUGGUUGAUGCCCAUCCUUUAAAUUCAACAACAAAACCUGAAGAUGAGUUAGAAGAAGAGUAUGAUGAUGAUAGUUGGGAUAAUAAUGACAUUAUUUGGGACUGUCCUCUUAAUCAACUUGAACAAUUUAAACCACAAGUCACUGAAGAAAAUAACCAAGAAAAAAAGCCUAAAUUACCAAAAGAAAAAUAA